AUGAUAUCACAGGCCGCUGCAGUCUCUGGUGAAGGAGCAAGCUUCCUCAGCCAAGACGACCGUGAGUGCGAAAGAUGCUUUGCGCUGGAUGGCAUGAUCUACGACUUGAAAGCUGUAGGUGUCCAAAUUGUAGAGUCUACAUGCUCCGUUGGUUACGAGCAAAUUCUGAACUAUUUGAGGAAGGCUCGAGCCAUGAUAGGCAUCCAAUUUUACUGCGAGCCCGACUCUGUGGUCACCAUUAACCCGAUCAACGGGCCGAUUGAGGCAUCAGAAACUUGUACUGGCGGCAAUCCCGUUCUUGGCACCAACGACCCCGGUUCUUCUUGCCAGCGUAACCUCGAG